CUAUCCCGUCUUGGCGGAACCUCGAAUGCGAUCGCAUUCAGGCAAGGAUCCACUGGGAGCAACACCAUGGUCAAGGGUCUUUCAGGAAACGAACCACUAGCAUUAACGUCACGAUGGAUUCAAUCCUCUCAUUUUAUGGGCUUUUUGUUAUAUAAAUACCCCUUCUUCUCUUCCUCGUUACUCAUAACAAGAAUCUGCAAUGCCCGACUUCCACGACGGUCAUGUCACAAACAACCUCCAUGGCGCCACCUACGCCGAUUACACAACUUGACGAUAUCCAUAUCAACGACAGAGACUCAGAAGCAUACCAAAUUCACCAUCAAGCGACUCCUGUUCGAGAAGCUCCGGUUUCCAAUUUGAGCAACAACCAUGACGCUUCAAGCUCCAAUGAACACGGCACCCAAAGUACCAAAUCCAAGAAGACUCAUCUUCAGAUCGCAACAGUGAUGUCCUCACUCUGCGCCUGUGUCUUCCUCGCUGCCCUAGAAGUGACCAUCGUAUCGACCGCACUUCCAACCAUCGCUGCCCAUUUUGCCUCUGACUCAGGUUACACUUGGAUAGGGACAUCUUUUGUCCUCGCUCAUACUGCCUCGACACCAUCGUGGGGCAAAAUCUCUGACAUCUGGGGUAGGAAACCUAUAUUACUCAUCGCCAAUGUUGUAUUCUUUGCCGGUAGCCUUGUUUGUGCUCUGGUUGAUGACCUGGCUAUCUUUAUCGCCGGGCGGGCGAUCCAAGGAUUGGGUGCUGCUGGGAUGCAGACAUUGGUCAAUAUCUGUAUCAGCGAUAUGUUCUCACAACGGGAUCGCGGGCUAUACUAUGGGUUAACAUCGAUUAUCUGGGCCGUUGCAUCUGGGAUUGGUCCUGUACUUGGAGGCGCAUUCACGGAUCGGUUGAGUUGGAGAUGGUGUUUCUGGAUCAAUUUACCCAUCACCGCUGCAGUCUUUGUUCUCUUGGUCUUCACACUCAAACUCCCAUCUCCCAAUACCCCUGUCUGGGCAGGUCUGAAAGCCAUCGACUGGGCCGGCAGCUUUCUCAUCAUAGGAGGAACUUUGAUGUUGCUGCUCGGUCUUUAUCUUGGCGGCGUGUACGAGCCUUGGAACUCGGCGACCGUGGUCUCUCUCAUCGUUUUUGGUGUCGUCACCGGUGUGUUGUUCAUCUGGAACGAAUGGAAGUUGGCAGAGUAUCCUGUGCUACCGGUCCACCUUUUCAAGACCUGUUCAUCCUCUGCAGCAUACGCCGUCACAUUCUUCCAUGCAUUUGUGUUUCUUGGUGUCGCCUAUUACCUACCAUUAUACUUUCAGGCAGUUCUCCUAGCCAGCCCACUUCGCUCGGGUGUGUAUCUUCUCCCAUUCAUUUUAUCCAUCUCAAUCUCUGCUGCUAUCACUGGCGCUUACAUCCAGUUCAGUGGCAAGUAUCUUCUUGUCUCCCGUGUUGGGUUAAUGAUCAUGACCUUGGGAAUGGGCUUGACGAUCAGCCUAGACAUUGACAUGAACUGGUCAAAAUUGAUCUCUUUCCAGAUUCUGACAGGUAUCGGGGUUGGCAUGAACUUUGAAGGCCCCUUAUUGGCUGUUCAGACUGUUGUGCCGCGCAAAGAUGUCGCGGCUGCGACUACAGCAAUGAGCUUCAUCCGAACAAUGGCCACGGCAAUAUCUGUUGUCAUUGGCGGGGUUCUUUUCCAAAAUGAAAUGAAAGGCGAAUAUCGGAUUCUCGAAGAUAGUCUUGGUACCGGACUUGCCAGGUUGUUCGAUGGGGCAUCUGCGUCUGCGAGUGUUGAUCUGAUCAAAACGCUACCCACAGAGUUACAACUUGUCGUAAGGACGGCAUUCUUCAAUGCUCUCGACAAGAUGUGGAUAAUGUAUACCGCAUUCUCGGGCGUUGGAUUGUUGCUCGGUUUCUUCAUCAAAGCGCAUCAUCUCAGCAAAGAGCAUCAGGAAGCACACUUGGGCAUUGUCAAUGAAGCGCGGGAAACGAACCGGGUAGACGAGGCUGUAUUUUCGACAGGCACUAGCGAGAGCCAUGAAAUGAGACGCAUCACUCCUAGGCCUAGGGAUGCAUCACCAGGUUGAUUCGAAGGAGGCCUGUGUGAGAGGAUAAUACAUCUCACUAUUAUGCCAUUUCAAUGAGAAAUCUGGGCAAAGACAUGAUUUUGAUCGAAAGAAUACUACAAUUUUAUUCUUCUUAA